GGUAAGCCGUACGAUCAAGCUGCGCACGUCACCUGUUUAUUCAUGAUCGAGGAGCCGUGCAGCAGGCGUGCAGAAUGCAGGCCUCCGCAGAGGCUCGCGGUUGUUCACGUAUUUUUGUCUUGUGAUUCGACGGUAAAGCAAAAAAUCAGAAAAAUGUUCGACACAGCCGUUUCCUUGAACAAGUUCGAGUUUCUGUGAACAAGUGUCUAAGGACUUUCUUUCACGGUACUGUCGUAAACAAUGCUACUACGUCCGAGUGCAGCCGAUGCAUCGCAUUAUCACGCACAUCAAUGAUUAAUAACGAUUGUCAUUGGGAAAGGCAUUUGGGAAACAGUAAAAGAUGAGCUCGUUUUACUCGAGCGCGACGAACAUGGGGAAAAUACUUCUGCUUCUCGAAGAACUUUGCGAUCUUUCAUAUCCGCAAGUCCAGCAGAAGCUGAAUAAAUACAUACAAACCGAAACAAAUGCGAAAAUAUCUUUCUUGGCACCCAUUCUAGUAAAAUCAGAAGAGAUGGUGAUUCAUGUGAUAGGAGAACAAAUUUUAGAGAGAGAACUAAGAUUGCCUGUAUUAAAUAAUAUUUUAUACAAGACUGUACAAAAUAAAGAACCAACCACCAUGGAUAUCACAUUGCUCGAUGAAGAAAUAUUACGUCAUCUUCAAUCAAUAUGUCCAAUGCCAAAUUCAUUCUUAACAAUUCCUAUACAACAUCCUAAGCAAGACUACAUAGCUUUGGUUGUUUCUUUGGUUGAUGAUAACAAAAAUGAAGCUGCUGACGAAUGCACAGAAAUUGUUCAAGAAUGUUUUCGAUUCUGCUUAGGAUUUCUUCUAAACUCAUUUACAUGUUAUGAAGAAACUCGACUGAAGCGUCAGUGUCAAAGCUUGCUUGCUGUCUCUAGGAAACUUUUUACACAUUUAGGAGACUUUUCCGAUCUUUUGCGGGAGAUAAUGGCAGAAGUAAGAAACCUAACAAAUGCUGAGCGAUGCUCGUUAUUCCUUUUGGACCCUGAUCAACAAGAUUUAGUCGCUAAAGUGUUUGAUGGUAUUGCGAUGAAAGAAUCUGUGAAAGAAAUGAGAAUACCGAUAGGGCAGGGUAUAGCAGGUCAUGUCGCGACUACUGGUAACUUACUUAAUAUUAGAAAUGCAUAUGAGCAUCCUCUUUUCUAUCGUGGAAUAGAUGAAGUUACAGGCUUUAGAACUAGAAAUAUUUUAUGCUUCCCAAUUAGGGAUGAAAAUGGAAUUGUCGGUGUUGCACAACUCUGUAACAAAAAGGAUGGAUUAUACUUUGAUGUCUUUGAUGAAGAAGUUGCAACAGCAUUUAGCAUUUAUUGUGGAAUUUCUAUAAUGCACAGCAUUGUUUACAAAAAGAUGCAGGAUGCUCAAGCAAGAAAUAAACUUAGUAAUGAAAUAAUGAUGUACCAUAUGAAGGUAGAAGAAGACGAUGUUCAGGCAUUAUUAAAUUGCAAAGAUGAACACAAUAUAAAAGAUUUUAACAAAUUUCAAUUUACACCUAGAAGUGUACCUUACAAACACAUGCCAUGUUAUACAAUCAAAAUGUUUAAUGAUUUAGGUUUGAUUAAACACUGGAAGUUGAAGCUAUCUACGGUGGCUAGGUUUAUACUAUAUGUGAAGAAGGGAUACAGGGAUGCACCCUAUCACAAUUGGAUGCAUGCAUUCUCUGUAGCACAUUUCGCGUAUUUACUAAUGGAAAACCUACAACUUAUUUCAGAAAAUUAUAUGACACAUUUACAAGCUUUGGUUUUUCUAAUGUCUUGUUUGUGUCAUGAUAUAGAUCAUAGAGGAACUAAUAAUUCAUUUCAAACGAAAUGUAGUACAGUACUGGCGAGUCUUUACAGUUCAGAAGGUUCAGUAAUGGAGAGACAUCAUUUAGCCCAGACUAUGUGUAUUUUAAAUACAGAAGGUUGCAAUAUAUUUGAAAAUUUCAAUAGCAAGGAAUAUAGUGAAGCGUUGGAUUUGUUAAGAAAUAAUAUACUCGCGACUGAUUUGGCAGCACAUUUUCGUAUUGUAGAAAUGCAGGAGGAGAUGAUAAAAAAUAAUUAUAUUAAAAGUGAUCCGAAACAACGUAAACUAUUCUUUGAUAUGCUUAUGACGUGUUGCGAUCUUAGUGAUCAAACCAAACACUGGAAAGUUUCAAAAAAGACUGCAGAAAAAAUUUACGAUGAGUUUUUCUCACAAGGGGACUUAGAAAAAAGCAUGGGCAGUUCUCCUAUAGAAAUGAUGGAUAGAGAGCGCGCAUCUAUACCAGAUCUUCAAGUUCAAUUUAUUUCAAAUAUAGUUCUUCCUCUUUUUACUAAUCUUGCCAUAUUAUUUCCUGUGGUACAACCGCUUGUUUACGUGCUAAAAGAAAAUCGGGACUUAUGGGAAGCGUCCAAAGUUACAUUUCAAAAGUACACACAGUCAGGAAUGAAAGGCAUUGCUAUUUUGCUGGAUCCCACUUUUGAAGAAGAAGUACUACAAAUCUAUGCUGAAGGCAAUAAUGAUCUGUCAACGGGGACUAUGAUCAAAUUAAAAUUAAAUGAAACAAAAAAUAAUGUUCAAAUUCAAAGUAAUAAUGUACAGACAUAAUUUUCAAAUUAGAGAUUCAAUAUUAUUUUUGUUAUGAAAAUGAAAAUUUGUAGAAUAUAUAGGAGAAUAUUUAAAAAAUUUGAAGUAGUAAAAGAGCUUAUUAGAAUGUAAGCAUACGAAAAUAGUACUAAAUUUGAUUGCUAGAAGAGCGCUGGCGUUCUAAUGUUAUUUUAUUUAUUAUAUGUAACAUAUACAUAUGUAUGUAUACGUAUACCAUUAAUUAUAAGAAUUGUUUCUUAUUUUUCUAAAUAUAAAUCUCAGGUAUGAAUUGUCCCGGUUUUUACUUAAUAUUUCAUAUUUAAUAUAUUUUUAUUAUAAAUUGAAAAAGUAUAGUUCUUAAU